AUGUCGUUCAAUACUGAUUCUACCACGGAGAGCUCAAUCUCAAUUGGCAAGCGUAACAUUGCCAUUGCUGAGCUUGUUAUCUUUUCUCUUAUCUUCAUUCUUCAACUGCCAAUCCGAUACAUGCAAGAGUGGCGCUAUUGGCAUCACAGAAAAAGGCAAAGCACAGCACGAUGCCUCCUCUACUCCUGGUUCAGCAUGAUUGGAAUAUUGUCACAGAUUCGAAUUGCUAGUUCUGCUAUUAUACUCUCGACAUCGACCCCGACCGAGUCAAUGCUCACAGCUGAGUCCUCUUUGCAAAGUGUAGGCCUCUCGCCGCUUUUCUUCGAAGUCAGCCUUGUUCUGCUGCGAUGUGGCCAGGCCGGUGAACAUGGGCCAGGAAAGUCGAAAUACCCCAAGUCACUGCGUAUCAUGAUGCAUGGCUUCCGAUUUCCAGUCGCAGUGGCCAUCAUUCUAGGCGUGGUCGGCGGAAGCAUUGAAAUGCCUGCCCUCGGUAAAGCCGGGUCGAUUGUUCUCAUCGUCGUAUUUGCUUUUGUCUGCGGCUUGGUUUCUUGGCUUGCGGUCAAGUCUCGCACAAUCUUGACUCCGGCAGGCCACCGCGGUAUCCUGUUGACCUCCUGUACUUUGCCUUUCUUGCUGGUCCGAGUCAUUUACUUCUUGUUGUUGGAGUAUGGACCUUCAAAGUUCAACCCGGCAAAUGGUGAUAUUGCUAUCUUGGCUGGUAUGGGGCUGGUGAUGGAGAUCUUUAUCGUUUCCUUGUUGAUGGCGGCUCGGACUGUGGCGGAGCCAAUUUCUGGGCCGGCCGGUAUGAAGCACAUUACAUCUGUUGACGAGGAGCAGAGUGGAAACUGA